CGCUCACGUGACAAAGGUUUUCAGUCAUGGCUGACGACUGCAGGCGACAAGGCUUCGAGCUGGAGCGACGGAUAUUUGAGUUGGACAUAAAGUGUGCUAGCCUGCGAUCGGAAAAACAAGAUGACGACUAUUUACAGAAUGCGUCUACCAUAUUAGACAAGUUGAAAAGCUUCUACAGACAAGGAGGAGAGACGAGCAGUCUUCCCAAACUGCUUCAGGAUUACACACAGGUGAUCCUAGACAUCACAUUUUAUGAGGAAAAUAGGCUUGUGGACCAGGAGUUUCCUGAAGACAGUUCCCCAUUCAAAAUCCAGCAGCUGCUGCAGGACCUCACAGAGCCAGAAGUGUUGGCAGGAAGACUGGCACCAGCACAAGAGGUGCAGUCUGUGCUAGGCCUGGAGCUCUUAGAAUGCCUUUACUGGAGACGGGGAGCCCUGCUGUACAUGUACUGUCACACUCUGCACCAACGGAAACAAUGGAUAAAGAAGAACAAGGACACAUUUCUUAAGUGUAUCCAGGAAGGUGUGCGCUACUUGAUGCGAAUGCUGCAGGUGCGAAACUCUGUGAAACUCAACGACGGGGUGGUUCUCCACGACACUGCCACCGCCAACUUCCUAUCCGAAGGUAUCUUCUCCGACACUCACCUGCUGACGAUGAUGUACAUCGGCGAGAUGUGCUUCUGGGCCGUGAAGUACGAGGACUGCAGUGUCGACAUGAUGGACCGCAAAGAAGACCGUCUCCAGUUUCGGGACAUUGGAACACAGAUCCUCAACAAAUACGUGCUGGCCUGCGAGGGCCCGCUGCAGGGCCAGGGCUGGAACACAGAAAACGCCAAGGAAAUCCUUAGUAUCUUACAGUAGAACACCCAGCAGCUCCCGCACUGAAGUUGCCCUCAGGCACAAGUCCAAGAUCAAAACAUACGUGUACCGCCUCCAAAAUAAAACCUUAACCCAACAGGGGGGAACCAUUGAUGUGCAUAGAGGGAUUUUAAAGUGGGGUGGUUGGGGUAUCUUAAGUAAGUGAAGUAAAACAGUCUUGGGUUUGUGUUUAAAGGCAACCUCAUUCUAUGCCAAACAGCUCUGGCCAAAGGAGAGGUAUUAAGGGGCUAGAGGGUUUUGGGUGUAUAGUGUAAAAGUGGGGUUAAGGAGAAAGAUUAAUAAAAAAAACAAAUGUUCUCUCUGUCCCUGAAACACUUAUCUUCCUGACUCCAGGCAGGUCGGAGCAUAUGGUCUGCUCUGAGAAUGUGGUAAAGUAACAUUAAUAUUAAUAUUAGAAAGACUAUUAAGAAAAUAACCUUUUUUAAAAAAAGAUUUAGUUAAUGAUAAUCCAUUUGGGAAUGAGACAUUGCACAGCGACUUUUUAUUUAUUUUAUUUUAUUUUUUCAUUUUUGUUAUACUUUUGUUAAUAUAUUUUUAAUUAAUUGCGUCUAUAUUACAAAAGGUAAGGAUAUGUCACAAUAUGUUGAUUGAGACUGAAGUAUUCUUUGAACUUUUUAAAGUACAGUUUAAAUAUCUGCUUUGUAAUGCUUCGUUUGUGUCAUCCCAUCUUCAACUUCAUUUUUUUUUACACAUAACUUUGAUAGUAUGCCUAUAAUUGAAGUGUUCUUUUCGAGGAGAAAAAAAAAAUCAUUUUCUGUUUUUUAUGUCCUCAAUGAAAAUAAAUACGCGCGUUGG